UCCCUCCCUGUCACUUCUCUUUCCAACUGGGAUAUAUAAGCCGCUCACACCCUCGGCUAGACAUUCACAUCCUUCCCAGCUUUCUGUAUCACAACUGGAUAACUCUCCGCCCGCAACGUCCACUAUGAAGACUGUUCUGGCUCUUGUUUUCGUGUCGGCGGUCGCAGCUCUGCCAGGGCUCCGUCACCGCCGGGACAGCUUCCCCGACGCGUUCGAGCUCCCGUCCAACGCCAGCCUCAUCCUCGGCAACAUCAUCACCGGCUUUGACUGCACCGAUCUGCCCUACGGCUACUACGCCGACACCGCUAACAACUGCCAGAUCUUCCACGUGUGUCUGCCCUACAUUCUGUUCGACCAGCUCAUCACCAGACAGUUUUCCUUCUUCUGCGGCGAGGGGACGGUCUUCGACCAGGAGAAGCUCGUGUGCGCCUUCCCCGAGGACGCUCUGCCCUGCAGCCUCGCCAGCGAGUACACGCGGGUCAACGAGUACUUCGGUCAAACGGAGAGGAACUUCCUCGAGUAGGUUAGGAUUCCCUCGGGAUUGUGAAUCGUCUCCCUGAUGGCAUCGUUGUAGGUUGUUUUCUCUGCUAAGAUUUUGUUGGUGCUUUGUCGUUUCAUAUAUAUUUUGUUUUCGUUUGUUCUUUGUGUUUGUACACAGUUGAUG